UCUGGGUUAUUAGUUGGUUUGUUCCGCCACCAACUAAAAAUGAUAAAAAGACUGAGGAGACUAGGAGAUGGUUGACGGAUAAAGAGAUUGAUUGGGCUUGUGGAGGGAUGAAAGAAAAGCAGAUGCCGGGCUCUUUUCCGGGCAGUGAAGUUCCUAGUAAGUUCAAAAUAUUGCCAGCCCAUCAGUUUCAUUUAGUUAGAGAAGCCCAAAGAUGGAAUAAGGAAGAAGAAUUAUUUACUUAUUUAUUGAGUGAACUGACUAGUGGAGAUUGUGAAAUAGUUUUUAUUCCGGUUAAUCAAACUAAUUAUCAUUGGAGUUUGUUAGUGUUUGAAACUAAAAGUAAAAAGUUUUAUCAUUGGGAUAGUUUAGGAGGGGCGAAUUGGGG